UAGUUGCGCAACUCCCAUUAAUUACCAUCGGAAUAAUUCAACACCAGUGUUUAUCACUUCAUUAUUGAAGGAUAAAUAUUCUGGAAUAGUAGUAUUAGUCACGAGUUUAUUCACUCUUCUCUUCAUUCACUUUCUUCACAGUGGAAAAGGGGAUCCACCAUGAUCCGGAGUCAAGAUUGAAUUAGAGUGUAAAGUCAUCGUCAUCGUCAUCGAUCAAAAUGAGGCUACCAAUUCCUGAAAUGUUUGUGGGCAGUGGCCCACAGCUAUUGGCAGUACUGUCAGGCACCAUCAACGUAGUAUCCGAUGGUAUGCAAUAUGGCUGGACGGCACCCUCAAUACCACUUCUACGAUCACAAGACUCACCCGUAAAAAUUACCCACUCCAAUGAAAUUUGGUUAGAGAUCCUCUACUUAAUAGGCGGUCUCGUUGGCCUGCCCAUCUCCAUAGCCUUCAUCGAUGUCAUCGGUAGAAAGAUGACAGUAUGGAUUUCAUCAAUCAUAGGCAUAUGCGGAUGGAUCUGCAUUGGAGCUGGCAACAACGUAUACUACCUCUACGCUGGGAGAUUUCUUCUCGGAAUCACCGCAGACAUAGCCUUCACAGCAUCCCCGGUAUACAUCUCCGAAAUUGCACAUCAGAAGAUCAGGGGGUUCUUGGCUGGUCUUAUUUACCUCAUGAUGCUUGUUGGUAUCAUCGUGAUAUACUCAAUUGGACCAUGGAUACCUAUAUACGCUUCAGCUAUCGUCGGAUCUUCUUUACUAUUAGUGCAACUCAUCAUAUUUCCUUUUAUGCCUGAGUCACCUUAUUUCCUUAUUUAUGUGAAUAAAGACAAAGAAGCGGAAAAGGCUUUGAAAAGACUGAGACAAGAUAAAAAUGUUUCCGAAGAACUCAACGAGAUAAAAAAAGCUGUAGAGAGACAGAAAACCGAGACAGGAAGACCACAGGAUUUGUUUCUAAUCAAGAGCAACCGAAAGGCAGCCACCAUUAUGAUGUUACUGAACAUCACCCAACAUAUUUCAGGAGUUUCAAUACUAAUUAUGAACCUGCACACUAUUCUUCACGAUGCUGGAUCAGACCUAAUAUCUCCAGAUAUAUCUGCUGUGAUGUUUCCUGUUUUGAUGUUCAUAUCAGCCACUACCGCCACGUUUUUGGUGGACAGAUGUGGCAGAAAAAUCUUACUUACGUCGUCAGGGAUAAUAACAACUAUAACGCUUCUUGUUUUGGCUGUUUAUUUCCAUUUGAAACUACUUGGAUUUCCUACGCAUCUGUACAAUUGGGUGCCCUUAGCGGCGGUUAUGGUCUAUGCCGCUGGUGUGAAAUUUGGUUUGGGCAUUGUACCCAUUGUCAUAACAGCCGAAUUAUUCCCUGCCAAAGUUAAGGGUAUGGGCAUGGCGUUUUCUGAUAUGAUGUAUCUACUCUCAUCUAUAAUAUCCCUCUAUCUGUAUCCUUGGAUGAACCAAGCAUUAGGAAUUCACAUCUCCUUCUACGUUUUUUCAUUUUUCUGCAUUUUAUGUACUGUUAUGAUCUCGUUUUAUGUGCCUGAGACGAAAGGGAAGACGCUGGAAGAAAUACAAAUGAUCCUUAAGGAUGUUGGAGAGGGAAAGAAGAUUCAGGAUACGAGGAUGUGAGUGUGGACAGUUGAAAGUCCUUGCAAUGGCUUAAAAGUGGUGAUCGAUUGUGAUUUCAUUGUCAUUUUAUCCUCUCUUUUUUAUGAGAGACGUUUGAGAGGGAGCAAAUGUAUAAUAUUCCAUAUAAAAUAUUAUAUGGAAUGCGAAUUUGAAUUUUAUGAAAAAAAGAAUGAAUAGCUA